AUGAAAGCUGUUCAAUAUUUGAUAUCUAUUUCCUCACUUUUGAUGUGGCCCUUUUACCAGCUCUGUCAAAAAGACAAGAGGGAGCUUUUUAACACUUAUCUCCCUCUCCAUAAUGAUACCCAAGACAAUUGCAGCACAUGGCUACUAUAUCUAAUGUCUGUCAAUGCAGAUGAGGUGAAAAACAUUUGCUUUUUUCUGCACAUUUUCAUAUCUUCACAUUUCUUUGCCUCUUCCUCGUUUUUCAUCACUUGUUCUUCAAUAUUAUUGUCUUUCACUUCCUUCUUUUUUUUCUCUUUUAUUUAUCAUUAUAAACUUUUUUCUUGUCUUACUCCCAACACAAAAUUUGUACACACUUUCUUUUUCAAACUUUCACCUUUUCCUGCCAAUUCUACUUUCUCCACUUCUGCCUUCCUCCCUCUGCCUGUUCUCACUCCUUCAUUUUUCUUUUCUUCUUUUUUCUCCUCUCCUUCAUUUUCCUUUCUGUCAUCUUUCUUUCAUUCUUUGUCUCUUCUUUUUCAUUCUCCUUCCUUCUUUUAUCAAUAUUUUUCUCCUCCCCUUUAUUUUCUCUUUCAUCAUCUCUCUUUUUUCUUUUUCUCCUUUCUUUCACUUUCUCUUCCAUCAUGUGUCUUUCCCUCUUUUUAUCCUCCACUUCAUAUUCAUUCUUUCUUUUCUUGUUUCUCUUUUCCUUCAUCUUCCUUCAUUCUACUUUCCUUCAUUCUUAUUUCUUUUAUCUUUCUUUUUCUCCUCCUCUUCAGUUUCCUCAUCUCGAAUCCUUAUAUUUUUUUUCAUUUACCUCUUUUUUUACCUCUUUUCAUUCCUCCUCACCUUACAUCUUUUUUGUUCUUUUUGCUUUUUCUUCCUCAUUCUCUCCUUCUUCCCCAAAAGCCAACAGACAAAUCUAUUGAUUAG